GAAUGGUGGCAUAGUAUAAAAUUUUGGAAUAGAAAUACUAUAUAUAAUUAAGGCACGUAGACCACAAUAGUUUCAGAAUUCAAAGUAACAUGGCGAGCAACGCACAGAACGCGACGGUGUCUCUCUUACAGGAGAAGUGGAAUCAUUUUUUGGAUAUAGUCGGUGACGAACCAGAACGACUAUGGGUAUUUGGCACUGUAAUUUUAAUAUUCAUUAUUUACUGGCUUUAUGCUGCCGUUCUAACACUUGUGGACUUCACGAAGAAACCACAUUUUGUUAGUAAAUACAAGUUGCAGCCGGGCAAAAAUGAUCCUGUGGACACAAACCGUUUACUGCCGGCGCUGCGCGUAGUACUCUUCAAUCAAACAUUUGUCGCUAUACCACUCGCUUAUGGUCUCUAUCAUUUUGUUUAUAAAUAUCAAAACACCUUGAAUGUGCGCGAAUUGCCAACGAUACAGCAGAUUGUCUUCGAUCUGGCGCUAUGUUGUGUAUUGGAAGAGAUCAUCUUCUACUAUGGUCAUCGCUUGCUACACUAUGGCGCGCUCUACAGGUACAUACAUAAGAAGCAUCACGAGUGGACCUCACCCAUUGCUGUUGUAGCGCACUACUGCCAUCCAAUCGAGCAUAUACUAGCGAAUACCUUCCCCAUUGCUUUGUCUUUGGGUGUGGUUGGCGCACAUCUUGUAACUGGUUGGAUAUUCUUUGCCAUCGCCACCUAUAAUAUACUCAGUGAUCAUGCUGGCUACGCAUUCCCAUGGUCGCUAAUCUCUGUGCCAUUCCAUGAUUAUCAUCAUGCUACAUUCAAUUAUAAUUUCGGUGUUUACGGUUGGUUGGAUAGGUUGCAUGGCACGUAUGGCGCUUAUGACAAGUCCGGACAAAUUGAACCGUCUCACAGACCACAACAACAAAAACAAGAAUAAGUCAUUAAAUUAUACAUAGAUAUGUAUGUAUUUACGCAAAUAUCUGCACUACCUCGAAAGAAAAACGUUUUUUUUUUUUUGUAUUUGUAGUUAUAAUUUAUGCACAAUUUUACGUAUUUUAAAGCAAUUUUUAUAUAAUUAUUUACAUUUGCAUACUAGUCAGUAAGCUGUCAAAAGCAUUUAAUGUAAAUAUCAUGUCGAUAUUCAAAAU